AAUCUGCUGUGACUACUACAGGGUCCGCCCCUGUACUCCUCCCCCUCGCUCUGCCCGCCCUGACGGCAUCCAUACACAAUAGUGUGCUGUCUCUGUUCCAGGGAGAAUAUCAGCUCUGCACAGGGAGGAGAGGAUUAGCGCAACCACUCAGCUCAUCUGCAUACACGUUCCCAGAGAACCACAUGAGCACCCAGGGCUGCACCUCUUUUGUAUAAAACCUGGCACUGCUAUCACAGAGGCUCCACUUCAUCUACUGUCACUGCUGUGAGAGGAUUUAAUAAGGACCAGAGUUCUGUUCCCCCUAUUGGACUCUUUUAAAUUAUUUCCAGACUCUUUUUUUUUUUAUAAUUCAAAUUUGCAAUUUGCUGUCUGUGAUGUCUCUAUUCAAUUGGGACAAUGCAAGUAAUAUCAUUUGAUAUCUUGCACUGAGCAUCAAACAGUUUUCCCCUCCUUUUUUGGGACUUUUCCACCGGGCUUGUUCCUUCAUCUGGUUUGGGAGACUGCAGCACCAGAAUGCCAUCUAGAGAGUCCUACGAGGUUCACAAGGAAGAGAAGUCCCUGGUGCAAAAGGCCAAGCGGGAGGCCAAUCAGGAGGAUAUUCUGGCGGCAGCUCUGGGGAUGAGGAUGGGGCCACAGAAACCUCCAGCCACUUUCUGGCAGCCACUUAAACUAUUCGCCUAUUCACAGCUCACCUCACUGGUUCGCAGAGCCACGCUGAAGGAGAGUGAGCGGACAUCCAAAUCAGAGAAAGUCCACAACUUCAAGGUCCAUACCUUCCGAGGGCCGCACUGGUGCGAACACUGCGCCAGCUUCAUGUGGGGACUGAUGGCUCAGGGGGUCAAAUGUGCAGACUGUGGUUUGAAUGUCCACAAACAGUGUUCAUCUCUGGUCCCCAACGACUGCAAGCCAGACCUGAGACACAUCCGUAAAGUCUUCAGCUGUGACCUCACGACCUUGGUGCAAGCUUAUAACACAGCGCGACCCAUGGUGGUGGACAUGUGCAUACGGGAGAUCGAGUCAAGAGGACUGAAGUCUGAAGGCCUGUACAGAAUAUCUGGAUUCAGUGAUUCGUUGGAGGAAGUCAAGAUGGCGUUUGAUAAAGAUGGCGACAAGACAGACAUCUCAGUGAACGCCUAUGAAGACAUCAAUAUCAUCACCGGUGCACUGAAACUUUACCUCAGGGAUUUGCCUGUUCCCAUCAUCUCUUAUGACGCUUACCCCAGGUUCAUCGAGGCUGCAAAGCUCACAGACCCAGAGAAGAAGCUGGAAGCUUUCCGAGAGGCUCUUGCUUUGCUGCCGCCAUCACACAAUGAAACUUUGAAGUACCUCAUGGCACAUUUAAAAAGGGUGACACAGAAUGAGAAGUUCAACCUAAUGAAUGCAGAGAACCUCGCCAUCGUCUUUGGACCCACCCUCAUGCGUGUGCCAGACGCGGACGCCAUGACAGCACUCAACGACAUCCGCUACCAGAGACAAGUGGUGGAGAUGCUCAUUAAACAUGAAGACGCGCUCUUCUAAACACAGAUCAGGACUUUUAUAGAACAGCUAUCUAAUCAUUCUUUUGUGUAAAGACUUGAAUGACAGUUUGUAUUACACUGAUUGAUACAUUUUUUUUUAAAUGCCCUGCGUAUGGACUAGUGCUGACCUAACAUCUGUCCUCUCCUGUAUCGGGUGUGGACGAUGAACUUUACACUUGUACGUACUCUACAUCUCCCCAUUUUUGUCGGGGGAUUUUCAGAAGCUGACAGGCCAGCAUGCAUGGUGCGAGGUCUUUGUUGCUUUGUAGUCGUAACCCAGCAUGUGUUCACAUCGUGUAGUGCUGUGAUUUUGCUUUUGUCUGCUCUGUAGUAGUUCGAUAGUCCACAUUCCCAGCUGCCUGCUGCACAGUUUCUUUCUGUUCAACAUUGUAUAGCUGGAUGUAAAAAUAAGCUACUGAUGUUUCUGGGUAAUUUUUAUGAUGCUGUAUUUUUUUAUCUCCUCAACUGUUUUUAUGUAACCUGAUGUAGUUGAAUGAGCCUUUCCUCUUAAUGUGUACACACUGGUGUGUUUGCCUGACCUUAACAUUUUUACUGUUAUAAACAGCAUUAUUUGUGAAUUUAAUUUUUUAUUGUAAUGUUUUUGUACACACCUUGUGCAUGAUCACUUUAAUUUAUUAAACCUUACUCUGAGAAAUUAAGUGCUUAAUGAGUCGUCUGAUUUACCAUAAUAAAGCUCAAACUGUGCGUUAAAGCUGCAUUUAAACUAUUUUUUUAUUGUCAACUGGGCGCAGCAGAAACAAGCUGUACAGACUUAUAAGUUGACAUGGCAAACAUGUUAGCAAACAGCUACUUAUUUAUUGAUUCAGUUAAGGUAGUAAUAUUCAAAUGUGCUCAAUAUGCUCAACCGAUGUAUUGAUAAAGAAAAAUAUAUAAAAUUUACUGCGCUACGAUUGGCAACCAUGCACUGCUGUCUGAAAUAAUAAUCUAUUGCAUAUCCAUAUAGUAUACUGUAUAGCUUAACUUGCUUUGAUAAAUAAGAUAAUAUAAUCGAAUGUGAGUUUUCGAAUUUUUUAUUUUUUUUCUUGGGGUGGGGGGACCCCAGACGUCCUGGCAGGCUUGGUCCCCACCAAUGUUGAGUCCAUGGCUACAAACUUGUAUUUAGCAGAUAUCGUGCAAUAUUAUUCAUUUGUAUUGGAGUUGUGUUUCUGGCCACCUGGCAAUAUUGCCCAUAACAGCAAUGAAUAGGCAAUA